CCCAUAAUCCUGCCUGGCCCCUUUUCAUCCUUCUGUCUGAGCCACUCACACUCUGCUGUCUGUGACUCCAUUCUCAUUCUUGCCCCUCAUCAGCUGAGAUAAGAAAAGCAUUCAGCUAUGUCCUCCAGUGAACGUUUUGACUGCCAUUACUGCAAAGACUCUUUGUUGGGGAAGAAGUAUAUAAUGAAAGAGGACACACAGUACUGUAUAAAAUGUUAUGAGAACCUGUUUGCCAACUGCUGUGAGGGGUGCUCAUCACCUAUUGGCUGUAACUGCAAGGACCUUUCCUAUAAGGAUCGUCAUUGGCACGAGCAGUGCUUCCAGUGUGCAAAGUGCAGCCGCUCACUUGUAGACAAGGCCUUUGCUGCCAAAGAGGAUUUACUGCUCUGCACUGAGUGCUAUGCACAGGAUUACUCCUCCAAGUGCUGUACCUGCAAGAAAACCAUCAUGCCAGGUUCCCGCAAAAUGGAAUACAAGGGGAACAGCUGGCAUGAGACCUGUUUCCUGUGCCAUCGUUGCCAGCAGCCAAUAGGAACCAAGUCCUUUAUCCCCAAAGACACUGGCUACUUUUGUGUGCCCUGCUUUGAGAAGCAGUUUGCAUAUCAGUGCUGUGCCUGUAAAAAGGCUAUCACAACCGGAGGAGUGACAUACCAAGACAAGCCUUGGCACCGUGAGUGCUUCCUCUGCAUCAGCUGCAGGAAGCAGCUGACUGGCCAACGUUUCACAUCCAGAGAAAAUUAUCCCUACUGCCUGGAGUGUUUCAGCAACCUGUAUGCAAAGAAGUGUGUAGGCUGUGCCAAGCCCAUUACUAGUCUUGCAGGUGCCAAAUAUAUCUCCUUUGAGGAACGGCAGUGGCACAGUGAGUGUUUCACCUGUAUGCAGUGCUCAGUUUCACUAGUGGGACGUGGUUUCCUUACCCAACGCGACAACGUUUUGUGCACUGACUGCGGAAGGGAGAAAUGACCAUUUAACUGAGUUAACAACUUCACUCAAAUCACAACAGCAGCUCAUAUUCUGGAACCUGCUUACAGUAUUUUGGUGUAAAAGUAAAAAUAUCAGUUCAUGAGUUCUCACAAACUGUGAUGUUUUCCUUAAAUCAUCCUAUGUCAUGUUGCCAUUAGUGGUAUUGUUGAUAAAUAAUGCUGAAAAUAAGUGUUGGUAACAGUCAUGUAUGGAUUUUGCACAUUGAUACAAAUUAUAAUCAUAAAAAGGAAGCAAAACAUGAUGCAUGAUUUUGACUUUUUUCAGGAAAAUAUUGCUUAAAUAAAGAUUUUUUUAGACCUGCUUUUACUAAGCUUUGCAUGUUUUAUUGUGUAUCAGUGUUGUGAUAGUAGAUUGUAAUUGGUGAAUCAAAUUUAGUACAAUAUCCCUACAUGGUCAUGUUGUAAAAUAUGCCCCUGCUGUGUUUCUGUUGACUCUCAACCUCAUCAAACACAGUUUGAGUAGAUUUCAGAAGAUUCUUUUUGUUUGUUUGUUUCUUUGUUCAUUAUGUUUUAAAUGUAAAGCACUUGGUGUUACAUUUUUUUGUCUGAAAAGUGCUUUAUAAAUAAAGAUUGACU